AGACUGUCCGUCUUUGGCAUAUCAUCCAUCGUAUUGUACGAGGCCGUGUUUUUCCUUCGGCUUGAAAAAGUGAAAAUUUCACUUUAAAUUGCCCAAUCCGGUCCAGUUAGUAUUUGUGGUUUUUAGUAUCAAUUUUUAAACAGCCAGAAACUGCACAAUCGCAAACUAGACAGCCCUCAGAUCCGCCCUUGCAAGUUUCCUCCGUACUGUAUGGCUGAUCAGUUAGCAAGUCCAGGCGCGGCGACGCCUGGCGAUUCAUUAUCAGCAGCGGGGGAACAUGGAAAUGCCUCCUUAAAAAAUGGUGAAACCGCGUUCCCUACCGACGGAAGUGGCAGUGGAAAAGCGGCCAAGUCCAAGAAGAAAAAGAAGAACAAGGCUGCUAAAUCGGAUGAACAGUCCGCAGAUAAUGGCAGUGCUGUUUUCUCUACGGUCGCCGUCCGUGAACCGAAUGAUACGGGUAAUGCCGGACCGGCAACGGCACCGCCUGGUUCAGGACAAAUUCCUAGUCAGGAAGUGCUGAUGAAUGUGAUAGAGCAGCUUAAGUUGGGUUCAAUAAAACCAGCCAAAACAGCGGAGGAAGCAUUCAAUAAGAGCUUUAAAUUUUGGUCCACCCAACCGGUGCCGAAGAUGGACGAGAAGAUAGUCGUUAAUGAACCCAUCGAAGCGGACAAAGCGAUCAAUGAGAUCCGAGCCGAACCGUAUACUCUUCCGGAUGGAUUCACCUGGGACACGAUGAAUCUAAAUGACCCACUACAGUUGAAGGAGCUGUACACUUUGCUAAACGAAAAUUACGUCGAGGACGAUGAUGCCAUGUUUCGGUUCGAUUAUCAGCCUAAUUUCUUACAAUGGGCUCUUCAGCCGCCCGGAUGGCGUGCUGAUUGGCACUGUGGCGUACGGGUUGUGAAAUCCGGUCGUCUAGUGGGUUUCAUAUCAGCGAUUCCCGGUACCCUCAAUGUGCAUCAGAAAACUCAAAAAAUGGUUGAAAUUAACUUCUUGUGCGUGCACAAGAAGCUACGCUCGAAACGGCUGGCACCGGUGCUAAUUCGAGAGAUUACUAGACGGGUUAAUCUGACCGGAAUAUUUCAGGCCGUUUACACGGCGGGGGUAGUUUUGCCGAAGCCGGUUGCUUCUUGUCGUUACUGGCAUCGCUCGCUCAAUCCGAAGAAGCUAGUCGAGGUAAAAUUUUCUCACCUCUCUCGCAAUAUGACCAUGCAACGAACGAUCAAACUAUACAAACUACCCGACGUUCCGAAGACGUCCGGUUUCCGGAAAAUGCGUGAAUCAGAUUUGAAAGGAACUCACCGUCUGUUGGAACGUUACAUGGCGGGUUUCAAUUUGACGCCGGCGUUCGACGAGGACGAAUUCCGGCAUUGGUUCUCUCCGCAGGAGGGUAUCAUUGACUGUUUUAUCGUUGAGGACCCCGUGAGCGGGGAAAUCACGGACAUGGUCAGCUACUACACGCUGCCUUCAACGGUUAUGCAUCAUGCCGUGCACAAGUGUGUCAAAGCGGCCUACAGUUUCUAUAACGUUUCGACUAAAACGCCCUGGCUGGAUCUGAUUAACGAUGCGCUUAUCUCGGCACGAAACCUCAACUUUGAUGUGUUCAAUGCGCUGGAUUUGAUGGAGAAUAAAGAGUUUCUGGUGCCGCUCAAGUUCGGCAUUGGCGAUGGUAAUUUGCAGUACUAUCUGUACAAUUGGCGCUGCCCCAGCAUGCAGCCGGAGGAAGUUGGCCUAAUUUUGCUGUAAAAGGACUAUAGGAUUGGUGGUAAUGGGUGGAUAUUUUCAGGGCGGACCAAAGUCAAAAUACAAUUUCCAUGGCAAGCAGAAGAAAUCAAGGGCAGUCCGGUAGUUGAAGACGAGCUUUUUUCGCUAUGCGUACUUUUUUCUGUGCAUGUGUAAGGAUCUAGGCGCGUUACUGACAUCCGACGUAUUGUAAUACGGUGUUAUUGGGUUAAUGUUCUCUGGCCUUACAUAUGCCGUUUCUUUCUCCGAGAGUAGAUCUACAAAAAGUUUACGUCAGUGGGUUCAGUAAAAUACACUCUGUAGUAUAGUGGGUUCUAUCUGUAUUUAUGUUACAUACAGUUGUAAAUUGAAUUGUUUUUCUUUUGUGAAAUACGUCCGCAAUAAUGGAGCCUAGUUCGUGUCUAUUUCUGACAA